CUCAAAUAUCAAUCAAUAAGCAGUUUGUGUUCAUUACAUCAUCUAUAACAAAGAACCAAGCGGGCUUAAUUUGAGAGGGAGAAAUCACAGAGAGCUCCAUGGCUUCGAGGCAAGGAAUGAUGAUGGCGACCCGUUCGGAAUUCGUGGAUGCUGUGCACGAGGAUUUUACGGAAUGGACCGAAGAUGCUGCUGCCAAUGUUCUAACUGUUCGUCUUCCAGGUUUUAAGAAGGAACAAAUCAAAGUCACGUACGAUCAGAACCCGCCUAAAAUGACAAUUAGAGGGGAGCGCCCAGUCGGGAGCAAUGUUAUGAUUCAGUUCAGCAAGGACUUUCCCAUACCUGACAACUGCAAAAUCAAUGGAAUGAAAGCGAAAUUCGACCGGCGACAGGUCCUGACCAUAACAAUGCCGAAGAAUACCAUCAUCGCGAAGGAGGUGGGGGAUCUGGCUGCAGCAGCCAAAAGGGAAGUGCCGGUUAACCCAGGGAUGGCAGUUAUUGUGAUCGUGGCGGUCGGAGCUUAUGCUGGCUACAAGUUGGGCUCUUCCUCACACAGCAGAAGCUAAAUCAAAUGAAAAUAAUGGACUGGAAAUAAAAUCUGUGUAUAUAUCGACAUGGAAUGACUUGAAUUAGGUUAACCAAUCGAAGAACCAUACACGUUUGCUUUUCUUAACUCAUCCGAGCUCGAGUAUACAUCUGCAUUUACUCCUUUGUAACAGUAACUUAAUCCUGGAGGCUCCUGUUCCGGCAAAAAAAUUAUUUGCCAGACAAGAUAUGCAAUUGUGCGUUCGAGUUUC